GGAUAAUUUUCUUGGAUGAAAUAGACAAACUCAAGAAAACAUCAUCCCAUAACUCCGACCGGGACGUUGGCGGGGAGGGGGUACAGCAGAGACUUCUCAAGAUCCUGGAAGGUACAAACGUCAGAGUUCCUGACAAAAGGUCAAUGCCCUCAUCUUACAAGGAGAUAGACACAACCAACAUCCUGUUUGUGGGAUCCGGAGCUUUCACUGGCCUCGACCAAAUCAUUAGAAACAACAGAGAAAAAAAGGUGUACGGAUUUGGACAGCAAGCUGAUGAUCAAACAGAUGCAGACAGUGUAAUAUCUGAGGUGGAACCGAAGGACAUCAUUAAGUUUGGCAUGAUCCCCGAGUUUUGUGGCCGUAUGCCUAUUCUUGUACCAUUUCAUGGACUUUCCACAGAAGUACUUGUCAAAAUCCUAACAGAGCCUAGAAACGCUGUAGCCAAUCAAUUCAUUGCCCAGUUUAAGACAGAAAAUGUAAGCCGCUAAACUAUACAUCUAUCAGGUUACAAAACUGACAUCAAUUUACUCAUUAGAAAAAUUCACCUUAUCAAUAUACCCUUUGAUGUACAUUGUAGACAAGCUUACACUUCGUUUCAUUUAUAUAUACA